CAGUGAUUACAUUUAUUUUCAUUCAUAAACAUGAACCCAAAACUUUGCUUAUUCGGACCAACGAUUGGAAGUUUCCUUUUGAUUAAACUUAAAGAUCAAGCGGGCCGGCCCAGACAUGCCUUAAUUGAUUAUGGUAAAAGGAAAGGGAAAGAGGAUGUGCUUUCUCUCUCUUUGAAUUGGCAUUGGAAUUCAACUCUUCUCUUUCUCUGUCGAAGAACAAGUAGUUUCAGAAAGAUGCUAGAGAAUCUUCAGGCUCCUCCGUCAACAACGGAAUCGGCCCCAGUGGUGAAGCGCUAUGCUCCACCCAACCAGAGGAACCGUUCUGCUAACAGGCGCAAAUCAUCUGAUCGGCUUGAUCGGACAAACAGUGUCGGGAAUGACUUAGAAAAGAAUCAAGUUGCUUCUUCAAGAAGUGUUCACAUUCCAGAUCAUGAAGAUGCUGGUAGCAGUAAUCUUCUUAAUGAGAAUCACUAUUCAAGAUUCAUAGCUUUAGAAGGGUGUAGUUGCAGUGCAGCUGCCCAGCUUCUUAAUGAUCGUUGGACAGCUGCAAUACAAUCCUACAAUAAUCCCAAAGAUUCAUCUGAAAAGCCAGUUAUGUAUUCGAGUGGGACUUCAGUAUGGACUGCAGCUACAAGUGCUUCCUCUUCCGUAUCUCAACGGGACUUCCUGGGAGAACUUCGUCGCCAAAUGCACAGUGCAAAUCCCAGUUUCACUACAUGAUGGCUGACUUGGAUUGUUUAAUAAAGAUUUUGGAUCAUCGUGGAUUUGUCGAAUGCUUUAAGAACACUGCGAUGCUCAGCUACCUGUUGUUUGUGCCUUUGUGACUUGUUUUGUCAAACUCAUUACUAAUAUAUGUAUCUUCAAAAUCGGACUCAGAAUAUCAACCACGCUUGUGUAUGUGUAAAUUGGGGUGUCAGCUCUUCUAGGAGCUUAAAUACGUUUUUUUGUCCCUCUAAGUUAGCAUGUCUUUUUUUGUCCUUCUCAA